GUCAGAUUGUGUGUAGGGGCAGGGGCGUGUGUUUCGGUGCGGUUACGUACGAGUUGGUUGUGUUAUGCUAACCAACGGACCUAGAAUGUUACGAGGACGUGUGAAACAUUUACUGCACUGUAUUUUUUAUUUCUCCUUCAUAUUUCUGUUCCUCGUAUUUGCUGGUGCAAUUAAUUUAAAUGAAGAGGAAAAAGCGAUUCCCGAUCCCUGGGAGACUUACGGAUUUUAUGGAGCAAGCAUCCUCUAUCUGCUCAGGCUGUGUACCUUGCUGACAAUACCCCAGGUCCUGUGCAAUUUUGCUGGAUUAGUAUUUUUCAACUCCUUUCCAGGAAAGGUUAAACUAAAAGGUUCCCCAUUACUGGCGCCCUUCAUCUGCGUCAGAGUCGUGACUCGCGGUGACUUUUCGAAGCUGGUGAAGACUAAUGUAUCAAGAAACAUGAACACCUGUAUUGAUGUUGGCAUGGAGAACUUCAUGAUAGAAGUGGUCACAGAUAAAGCUUUGAAUCUUCCAAAGCACAGAAGAGUAAGAGAAGUGGUGGUGCCAUCUGAAUACCAGACAAAGAGUGGGGCUCUGUUCAAGUCUAGGGCGCUUCAGUAUUGUUUAGAAGAUAAUGUCAAUAUAUUGGCAGAGACUGAUUGGAUUGUGCACUUAGAUGAAGAGACUCUGUUGACUGAAAACUCUGUUCGGGGUAUUUUAAAUUUCGUGCAAGAUGGCCAGCACCAAUUUGGGCAAGGGCUGAUUACGUAUGCUAAUGAGCAAGUGGUGAACUGGCUGACCACCCUGGCAGAUAGCUUCCGAGUGGCGGAUGACAUGGGCAAGCUCAGGUUCCAGUUUUAUUGGUUCCACAAGCCUCUGUUCAGCUGGAAAGGCUCUUAUGUAGUUACACAGAUGGGAGCAGAGAAGAAAGUGUCAUUCGACAACGGGUUGGACGGAUCAGUGGCUGAGGACUGCUACUUCGCCAUGAAAGCGUACAUGGAAGGGUACUCAUUUAAUUUUAUAGAAGGUGAAAUGUGGGAGAAAUCCCCAUUUACCUUAUGGGAUUUUAUGCAGCAGAGAAAAAGAUGGAUUCAAGGUAUUCUUUUAGUAGUUCAUACUAAGCAAAUACCGGUACUUAAUAAGAUAUUCCUAGCCAUAUCAUGUUAUUCUUGGGUAACACUGCCCCUGUCGACUAGUAACGUAUUUCUGGCCGCUCUGUGCCCGAUCCACGGCCCCCAGUUUCUGGAUGUAAUAUGUGGAUUCAUUGGGGCUGUAAAUAUUUACAUGUACAUUUUUGGGGUCAUCAAAUCUUUCCCCUUAAAUAGAUAUGGUCCUAUCAGAUGUAUUCUGUUUGUGGUGGGUGCAUUGGCGACUAUUCCUCUGAAUAUAAUUAUUGAGAAUAUUGCUGUGAUAUGGGGUGUGUUAGGGAAGAAGCAUAAGUUUUAUAUAGUGAACAAGGAAGUUAAGGUCCCGGUGACUGUGUGAUUCUUGGUUUGUGAUUCUCCAGUUAUUGGUAUUGUUAGGUUUUGUUACUGAGGUAAGGUAAGUGCACAAAAUACUUUAGUGAAAUCAUUCUGCACUUAAACUCGAGUGUGUUGAGAAU